GCCAGGGGAGGCCACUCCCCACACAAACACCACUUCCGCUUCUCAAGUUUGUUGACAGAAAGACGGACGUGUCACAGACUGAGCAGGAAGAAUAAAGUCGGGGUUAUGGUCACUUACACAGAAGCUCCAUACUUUCAUCACAUUGAGUAACAGUCCAACUUCACACUGGAUAAAAGUGAAACACCAGAGAUUAGUGUAUCUGACAAGGAACCCAUGAUGCCGAAGCGGUCAGUAGCGAGGUUUCCAGAUUCUUCAGCCAAGUACCAUCGCUUGACCAACAUCACAGGUGAUGGGUUCUCAGAUAUGCAAUUUGAAAAGCAGCCUCCAAAAGUGCCAUACAAGGCCAUCGGUCUGGCUGUAGUGCUUUUUCUGGUUGGGACUACUCUUAUUGUGGUUGGGGCUUUGCUUCUGACGGGCAUCAUCAGUGCAAAGUACGCAGACCGCACAUGGCCUGUCCUCAUUCUUGGAGCACUCAUGUUUAUUCCUGGUGCAUAUCACGUUCGGAUUGCCUACUAUGCCUACAAAGGUUACCAAGGUUACUCUUAUGAAGACAUUCCAGAAUUUGACUGAUCAAAACCACACAUCAUUCUUGUGGACACUGCCUAUACUUGGAAACAUAUAUUUACCACAGAAAUAAAAUGGCCUUUUUCGGUCGUUGUGAAAUUGGAAGAGGUGUGGGGUUGGUGAAGAGGUUUGGGCAUUUACACGUGGUGCAUAAUGCCGCAUAUUGUUCUCAACAUUGCAUGUUGUGGUCAAGCCUUUGACAAGUGUCUAUUUAUAAAUUAACUUGGCCUUACUUUGCCCACUACAUAUGGUUGAGGAAGGAUGCACACCUUCUUGCAUAAUGUAUGAUGGUACAUGUACAUAUUCUAUUUAGCUUUUGCAUGCUAAGGGAUUCUUAGGGCUCAUCUUAAGCAGGACCUCAUGAGAAGAAAAUCCUUUGCUUUUUCAGGAUCACGCAUUUUAUUCUCAAGAAAUUCUGUAUCCAUUUGAUAACAUAUAAGACUAUGGAAAAAAUAAGAAUUCUCAGUGCACUGUGCAUCAGAAGAAAACUUUUAGUACUGUUUUUCAUUGUUUUCAUAUGUUUUGAUGCUAUGUUUGGAAGUAAAACUAUGGAUAAAUGAGGAAUAUUUUUUGGUUUAUUGAAACUUAAGUAGAAAUCUACUAGAGCAGUGGUGGUCAACCUUUUCUUACCCAAGGGCAAAACUGGACAGGAUAUAAAAUCUCGCAGGCCAGAAUGUGGCAGUUUUGCCAGAAUCAUGACGUUAAAAAUUAAAUGAUGUUGUGUCUGGUUAAAAUGACCGGGUCGAAUGAGGUGCCUUUGCGGGCUGUAGGUUGGGCACCUUUGCUCUAGAGCCAUUACAAAACUUCUGUUGUCUGUGAUGAGGUGAGAUAAUUUUUCGAUCAGUUAGAAGUCUUGAUAAUUAAAAACAAAUGGCAGUUUGCUUUAUAUAGUGCAGUUAAGGACUUGCAUAUAAUUUUCUCCCUUGUGCUGAUAUUAUGUUGUUGAUUAGACAGCUAACAUAUUUACUUUUAUAUAGUGAUUUUUGUUUAAUAAUACACAUAUAUAAAUUUGUAAUAAUAAUUUAUUAUGUAAUUUAUCUUGAAAAUUGACCUACUAAAACUUUGAUAAUUAAUGAUAUAGACAGACUUCAAAUCAGAAAUCAGCUCUACAAAAAGGAAUAAAUGAAAAAAACAUUUUAAUGACCUCAGUUAUGCUUGUCUGAAAUAGUCGACAUUCUUUUCAAGUGUUGUCCAUGAGAUAAUUGUUGCAUUUUGACCCUUUGCAUGUAUACUUGGAAACAUGCAUACUUAUAGACACUGUCUUAAAACUGUUCUUAGCUCUCUAAGCAGAAUUUUUUCAUUUUAACAAAUUGUUUGUUGCUGAUCACUAGUUUAGUUUCUAUGCCACCACAUUCAAAGUAUAGAUUUUAUUCAGAUUUCCUUUUUCAAGUUAAAAAGAUGUAUCACAUCUGUUUGCACUCAUUAAGCCUGACUACCAAGGACACCAGUCAAGGCCACAGAAUUUAAUAACUUUAAAGAACUGAGCUGCUGUUUUGUUUGGUUACUAGCCACUUUAGCUGCAGGGAGAACUUUAAAAUACUUUUGUGCGCACCUGUUUUGACAAGCAGCAGAGAAAAUUGAAAAUAAAUGACAUUAUCUUAAGAGGAGCUGUCACAAUGAGAUAAAUUUGUAAAUACUUUGCAUGUAACAAUUUAACAACCAGCCAGACUUGUUUAGAUGACAUCUUUCUGAUCAUAGGUCACAGGUUUCUUGCUUUUAGUGUUCCUCAUAUAUCUGGCAAAAAGUUAAUAACAUGCUUGCAUGCUUACCACCUGGUUUUGCAAUGGUAGGCUGUAGAUCACCUUAUUCUUCUUAUUUAUUUUUUUUUAGCAUUAUGUUUGGACCUAUGCACAGUUGCAAUUCAUCUUCGAUUUGUGAACUCAAUUCUUUCAAAAGAAAACACAUGAUCUAUCUACACUGUGCAUUAGCUCUCUUUUAAUUCAUAUUUGGCAGCUUAAAAAAAAACUGAAUCUUGCUUUGUAUGAAUUAUGUUUUUUUAAGUGCACACGUAAGGAUUGUGUUGCAUUGGUUGGUAGCCUUUCGUAUGCGCAGUGUCAAUGGCCAUGUCAGGAAAUGUAUGCAAGGUACAUUUUUGCAUACUGUGUUACAUAGUGAAAUUUGUUUUUAUUUUUAAAACUAUUCUUGCUUAUGUUUGAUGUCACAAGUUUUAACUUUUUGUAUCAGGCACACUACAGUCCCAACUUGCUAUCUGUCUACCAUUUGUCCAACACAAAUGAUGGGUAAGAGGCUUGGUGUGAAAUAAACGGGGAAUAUGAUUCAUAUUCAGUGGUAACUUUGGAGGAAAUUUGUUUUGCAUCAGGUGCCGCUUAAAUCUUGGUUGACAACAUAGCAGGCAGCAUGAUAGCAAGUUGAGACUGUACAUGUACUUAGUCCUUGGUCAUCAAGUUUCUGUCUUGUGCAUAUUUUAAUACCUUAUGUUAAAUUGGCAGUGUUUAAACAAUGUUUUAAAAAGUUAUUAUCUGAGUUAGUUUCAACACUUUUAAGCAUCUAAUGUUCUCUUAGAUGAAGCUGCUAGGCAUAGGGCACAUGAACAUUUUUUAUUUAAUUGUAGAAGUAAAAUGUGGUUGUGAGGGGGAAAAUGUUUCUCAUUCACUUACAACUGUUAAACAAAAGUUUCUUUUGUACGAAACUUCAGACUUGUGGGUUAUCUUUGUUUGGAAAGCAAGAGAGAUGAUAGAUGUAGAGUAGAUGGUGAUGUGGGAUUUGUCUAUCUGAUCACGAAAUUAAACAAAAUGUGGGUAGAAACUCAGAAUAAAGCUAGCCUGUCAUUUAGAUAAUGUAUCCACUGCAAAAUAAAUGAUGCUUGGGAAACAGAUGCUUCUGUAAAUUGCUUUUCAAUCUUUAAUAAAAUGUUAUGAUGGUCA